AUGGCCGAGCAAGGUUACACGCCAGAGGAACAUGCAGCUGCAUGGGCCGCGUACUAUGCGCAGCAGGGAUACACGCCUGAUCAGAUCGCGGCCAUGACGAGCGGUAGCACAGGAAAUCAGGCUGUAGAGGACACCUCGAGCUCAUUCCAGCCCUCGGCAUCAGGCCACUACGCGACACCGGGAUACGACGAGAAUGGCUACAAGAUCCAGCCUGCAGUGUCGACCUCGGCUGUGACCAUGGCUUCAGGUUCUGGCUCUGGCUCUGGGUCGUCGCGCAAAAAGCCCGCACUCCUCGAUGCUGAGCUUCUGCUCAAGCAGACAGCUGUCUACGUCCCUGGAGGUGGCGACAGGGACAAGAUGUCCAAGUCGACCGGCAAGCAAAAGUCGGCGCCUCCCAAGCCGCCUGCUCGUGAGACGGUCAUUCGCAAGGCUGCCGGCAAGACCUGGGAGGACCCAACACUACUGGAAUGGGACCCAAAGUGGUACCGCCUCUUUGUGGGUGAUGUGUCCAACGACGUCUCGGAGCGCACUCUCGACGAGGCGUUUGGCAAGUACAAGACGUACUGCAAGUGCAAAGUUGUGAGGGACCACCUGAGCCAGAAGGCCAAAUACGGCUUCAUUGCGUUCACGGACCCCGAAGACUUCCUCCGCGCGUGGAAGGAGAUGGACGGCAAGUAUGUUGGAAACCGCCCAAUCCGGCUGAGUAAGAUCAAGGACGACAAGUAUGGCGGUAUUCAGUCAACGUCUGUCAGCCAGCGCAAGGCCAAGGAGCUUGACAAGCUGCGGAAAAACCAUGGCAAGCCCCUGAACGGUCGCCCGACCCCGUGGUAG